AUUAACUCUUGUACUGAGGUGUGGCAGGGUGUGUGCCGGGAGCUGGGCUGGAGGAUUGAUGAAUCCAUUCAGGAUGCAUCACACUGGAAGGGGGUCUACCUGAAGGCUAAAUUGCGCAUGGUGCAGCUGCAGGAUCAGGAGGCCUUUGAGACAUCGUCCCUCAUUGGCCACAGUGCUCGAGUAUACGCCCUCUACUAUAAGGAUGGCCUCCUCUGCACAGGAUCUGAUGACCUCUCUGCCAAAUUAUGGGAUGUGCGCACUGGGCAGUGCAUUUAUGGAAUUCAGACACACACCUGCGCCACAGUGAAAUUUGAUGAACAGAAGCUGGUGACUGGGUCCUUUGACAACACUAUUGCAUGCUGGGAGUGGAGCACAGGAGCUAAAAUCCAGCAGUUCCGUGGCCACACAGGAGCAGUCUUCAGUGUGGAUUACAAUGAUGAGCUGGACGUGCUGGUCAGUGGUUCUGCAGACUUUACUGUGAAGGUCUGGGCUUUGUCUGCUGGUGCCUGUCUCAACACUCUGACUGGACACACCGAGUGGGUCACCAAGGUGAUACUACAGAAGAGUGAAGUAGAAUCUAUGGUGCACAGUCCCGGUGAUCAUAUCCUCCUAAGUGCUGAUAAGUAUGAAAUUAAGGUCUGGCCUUUAGGUAGAGAAAUCAACUGUAAGUGUUUGAAGACACUGUCAGUGUCAGAGGACCGCAGCAUCAGCCUUCAGCCUCGCCUGCAGUUUGACGGGCGCUACAUCGUCUGCAGCUCUGACCUCGGAGUUUAUCAGUGGGACUUUGCCAGUUUUGAGAUUCUCAGGGUGAUAAAAACACAGGACCCAGCUAACCUGUCCCUGCUCAGCUUUGGCGAGGUGUUUGCACUCCUUUUCGACAACCACUUCCUGUAUGUAAUGGAUCUGAGGACAGAGGCUAUCUCUGGCCGCUGGCCUCUGCCAGCCUACAGAAAAUCCAAACGAGGAUCCAGCUUCCUGGCCGGUGUGACCUCCUGGCUCAAUGGCCUGGAUGGGGACAAUGACUCUGGACUGGUAUUUGCCACCAGCAUGCCCGACCAUAGCAUUCACUUAGUACUGUGGAAAGAGAAUGGAUAGAAACAAACAAGGAUUUCAAUGCCCAGACUGCUAGCAUAUGAGCCACCACCAUGUGUGCUCUGGAAUUUCCGAAUCUUAACUGCCACCAUAGAUCAUGCAUGGACCAAAGCAUUUUGUUUUUAUCUGUUUCUUCCUCAGCAUACAGUCCUCCUCAAGACACAAACUGAACCUUUGCAGAUGGAAAUGCAAGGCACUAAGAAAGAUGAUGAAACUAUUACUGAUGUGCUACGCUCAGUUCUAGUUCAGUACUUGCUCCUUUCUGUAAAAAAGCUGUAAACCUCUUGCUGGUCUUCUGAUGUCAGACAAAGAAGAAAAAUUAAUUUUUUAAAGCCUAGAUAUAUCAGUGACAACUUAAAACAAAUGGUAAUAAAGGUUUAAAAAUAAACUUAACAUCAGAAAUCCUUCUGUAGUAGAUUUUAACGUGGAAGUUUAAAUGUUUUUGGCAGAUUUGCUCUAUAAUCAGUUUAGCUCUGUGCUGUGAGAAUAAAGCCCUUUUCAAACUGCACAAAAAGACCUGCUAACAUCUGACUUUUUAAUGUAAUGGGAAAGAUUACCGUACGGUGGCGGCAUGGUAGUGCAGUGGUUAGCAUUGUUGCCAUACAGAUAGAGGGGUCCUGGUUCGAACCCCAAGUUGGGGGAGUCCUUCCGUGUGGAGUUUGCAUGUUCUCCCAGCAUGGGUUACCUCCAGGUAUCCGGCUUCCUCCCACAGUCCAAAGACAUGCAUGUUACUUGGUGACUCUAAAUUGGCAGUAGGUGUGACUGUGAGUGUGAAUGGUUGUCUGUCUUGAUGUUUCAGCCUUGUGAUAGUCUGGCGACCUGUCCUGGGUGUACCCUGCCUCUCGCCCAAUGUUAGCUUGGAUAGGCUCCAGCCCCCUGCAACCCCCAACAGGAAAAUGAAUGAAUGGGAAAGGUUACAAUCUGCAUUCAUGCCAGGGUUAGAUUACUCUGCAGUGGUCACAGGUAUUUAUCGGCUUUGGCUCUGAUAGGCAGUGAUGGAAACUUAACACUUGGUGAAUGCGCUAAUUUAAGACCCUUAACCAGUGAGAUGAGAUGACACAUCACCACAAAAUAUUGUCCGUCUCCACCCAAGCAGCACUCAAACAUCAAUCCAAAUUAGUCUGCACCGAGUAUGAGAGAGAGACUGAAUGUGUAAGAGAUGUAUAAAGAAGAAACCACUGUAAAGUUUUCCACAUGCCUCCAUGCUGCUUUCUACUGUUUACUAGCCUGUUUUCUGGCCUGUCUAUGACGUUGAACGUGGCGCACCAAAAAGUGUGGAAGACAAACUCGCCAGCUGCAGAGUCAUGUAUACAGCUCUGGUCUACUGGCAAUUGGAAAGAAGUCUGUAGCCUAUUUUUAGCCACUUUAUCUGUGUUUAAAUAAUGUGCAUACACAAGCUAAUUUUAGUGCAAAAGUGGUAUAUUUGUAGCUGACCUUUAAUCCAUAGUUUAAUAAUUGGGUGCCAAUUGUGGACACUGACAUUUCCUUACCAGGAUAAGACCAAGUCAAAUGUGCUGUAGCCAGGGAACAUGGCCAACGCCAGGGUGGUCACUGAGCUGAUUUGCUGAAACAUUGGUUUCCUUGAAGAAAAGCUGGGUUGCCUUAAACAGUUACUGUAAAUAAUGGAAAACAUUUCCUUUGACAUCAGAUUUUGACCUCAAAUGAGAUAUUCCUCAAGGUUUUUACAGAUCAUCCCCAAGGAAGCUCUGUACUGAAUUGUAUGUUGAAAAGUGGCUUGGUACAUUGUUGUGUACCAUGUAAAACAUUGUGAGGUUUCAUGUAAUUCACUGAAUAUGCUUUGCAAAGGGAUGUCUGGUUUAAAUGUUAGCUUGAGAAAUGUGAUGUGCCUUUUCAGUUCAUUUGAUGUUACAAACUAGAAUUCUUUUAUAAAUCUGGCACAUUGCAGUAAGCUAAUGACUGCAUUGUAAAUCUUACUUUUAUGUUGAAUUUUUCACAUUUCCUGUGCUUGAACAGUCUAAAAUGUAUAUAGUUAUCUACUUGACAUGACUUGCUUAGUAAAUUGUUUUUGAGUCACUGGCUGUGUGAAACGUCAGGUUUAUUUUUCUAAAGGCCUCGAUGCAUUGUACAGCUGAGUAAGUGACUUCGCAAACAGUUGGCUCUGUGCAAAAUUCCCAUUUCAGCGUUAAUAGAAGAUUUUAGUGGAGGAUUUUCCUGGCAUAACGAGAAACUGUGAAAUCAUGCCUUGUUCUCAUGCAUCAGGUUCAGCGUCACGUCUCAAAUUGGUUUUCUGCUUCUACAAAAGUGAAAUUUUGAUCAUGAGUGAGUGCUUUCCCCAAGAAUUUGUCUUCCUUUGCAUUAGGCAGGCCACAGAUAACCAUGGAUUGAAAUGUUUUCAUGUGCACCAAACCUCACUUAUGACUGAUUAGUUUUUAUUGUAGACAUAUUCUAACACAUGGCUAUUUGUACACAGCACAUGUACAGGCUGUUCUUGGUUUAGUUUUUUUUCUAAUCUAAUUAA